UGCGUUAAAACCAUAAUACCCAGCCAACAUACGGCCUUCAUGUUAACCCCCGCCUUAACCCUUCGCUUAUUCAUUUCCCUCCAGCGAAGCGACAGGGCAACUGGGCAAUGGAGAAGUUAUUGGAAAGGACUUUUAGAAAAUCUAGGGAUGUAAGGAUGCUGCGAAAUAAUUCGGUUAUUGUCUUAUUUCCACAGAGUUCUGGUUACAUCUUUGGUGCCCACACAAAGCGCCGUCCGCUGACCCUGGGUGAUCGCGUACUUGCUCUUUCCGAUCCAGCACUGUACGUGUAUUUACCUGGCUGGAUCACUGGUGCUAAUGACCGCAGACUGGUCAUCAAGUUUUGUAAUGGUAAAAGCUCAAGUCACGUGGACCCGCAGCAGUGUUUCUGGUUAUCACGUGACUACUAUGACCGCAUGGUGGAAAACUAUAAAAAGAAGAAGGACCAAGCCAAGGAAAGAUGACGAAAGACUGUCACGUGACGCAGUUCUUCUAGAGGAAUUGAUUCUACUUUUUUGCGAUGAGAAAGAACUGUGAAAUAACUUUCGACAUGAAUGUAUAUAUUAUUUCAUCAGUGUAAUUUGCAAUAAGCUCUCAGUUUCAUCUCUUAGUCAUCAGAUCUAAGUUCCAUUUAAACUAUGAAUGUAAAUGCAAAAAAGGAAUACAAAAAGAAAUUCACUAUGAAUACAAAACCACAGCCGCUUUUUUACGUCCCUACACCUACCUUUGCUUCAAUUGACAUUUUCUGCUCUCUGGAAAGAAAAAGAACUUUUGUAAAUAGAGUUUUAGCGCACAUUCAUUUGUUCUGGAUGUUAAGACGCGGUUGAAAUAAAGCCACACAAAAUGUUUCUA